AUGGCACCGCACAGGACACCACGGAACAAAAAGCAGCAGAAUGUAUUCUUCCCAAAUGGAACAAACGGCGCCGGACCAAAAAGCCCCACUCAGGAGACGUUGCCCAUGCGCCCUGCACUGGUCUCUCAACCCUCAGAGACCUAUGAGGCAGCACAGGAAGAUGAACGAGAGGUUCUGAAGGCCAUCUUUAUGGACGACUAUGAAGAGUCAGAAGCCAAGGGAGCAUGGAGCAAAACCACAGAUCGUGUGCUACGUCUGAAACUGAAAUCAUUUUCCAACGAAACCAUAUCUGUCACCUUGUGUGCUGGGCUUACAGCUACCUACCCAAAAACACUUCCAGCACUUAGUCUAGAAGGAACAUCUAAACUGCGAAAAUGCACGGAAGCAAGAUUACAGCGCAUUCUGAAAACCAAACCUGCCGAGUUGAUUGGAGAGGUCAUGAUCCACGAGAUUGCAACAGAGAUUCAGGACGUGCUAGAAGACGAAGUAGCGGUGCGAGAGACUGAUGGUACUUUCGAGAACCUGGGAGCAGAGCGUGCCGUGCAGGAAGCUGCAGCUGUCGAGCUUGCCAAGCAACACGAGGAAGAUCUACAGAAGAAGAAAGACGAGGAGAAGGCGGAAGAAGAGCGCAUCCUACAACAAAUGGUCAGUGACGAGAUGAAACGCAAGGAUCUUAUGGCGAAGCGCAAGAGCAACAGGUCAUCGGUCAUAACGCCAACAUCGUACUUCCAAACGGCUAACAGCGCCAACUACGUGUCUUUCGAUAGGAUCAUACCAUUACAGCUGGAAGACGCCAUUGUCGAAUGCAGCGCUGUCGAAGGCAUGCUGCCCUUCCGUAAAGGUCCCGUCACUGAGGAGCUCUUGGUCAAGCCGAUAGGCAACACAGCAAACAUCACAUUAGUUCUUAAGCGUGUGCGGAUUGGAGACAAGGACGCCGUUGCUAUGCCGCAUUUGAAGAAAGCCAUCAUGGAAUUUGAAGCGGAGAUAGAAGAGGUCAAGCGCUUACGGCAAUCUGUUAUCUUGAGCGUAUUUGACUUCAAGAUCGAGCAUCUGCCUGAAUCGGGUUGGGAGAUCAACAUACUUAUGGAGCAUGCCAACAAAGGAUCUCUGGGUGAGAAAAUAGAAGACGAUGGUCAGAUUUUAAUUUCCAAAGUUCGGUCCUGGACGAUUGAACUUCUGGAGGCAUUGGACUUUCUCCAUCGCAAUGGCAUCGUGCACAAGCGGGUAUUCCCGAACAACAUUCUUCUCACUAAGUCUUCAGAUGGAAACGUCUCUGUCAAAUUGGCGGACGUCGCAUUCCAGCAGAGCUUACACCACCUCAAAGACUUGUACCGUGGCGAACAAGCCUUCACAUCCUCAUGGUCGGCUUUCUGGGUUGCAGCUGAGCUUGGAAAAGAUGCCAAACGGACAAGAAAGACAGAUGUGUGGGAUCUUGGGGUUGUCUUCCUCCAGAUGCUGUUCGGUCUAGAUGUACCUCUUAAGUACAACUCACCCAAAGAUUUAUCAGAAGCACUUGGCUGCUCUGAGCCUCUUCAAGAAAUGAUGCGAAAGUUUUUCAAACCGGACCCACGGAAGCGCCCCUCGGCAUUCGACCUCAUACCAUGCGAAUUCUUACGAAACGACGUACCCGUGUACGAACGACCUCCGACACCGAUGCGUUCGCGACAUUCCUCUUCUUCUCUCAGUCAUUACAGGCUUCGCCGCGAGUCGUCUGCUGGUGCUGGAGUGUCCUAUUCCCGCUAUGCAGAAGAUUGGGUCGAGCAGGGACGUUUAGGCAAGGGGGGGUAUGGUGAGGUUGUCAAGGCGCGUAACAAACUAGACAAUCGUGUUUACGCCAUCAAGAAGAUCAAACAGAAGUCAGCAUCGGCGCUGACUGAAGUUUUGUCGGAGGUCAUGCUGUUGUCGCGGCUCAAUCACCCAUGUGUUGUCCGUUAUUACACGGCAUGGCCUGAGGAAGACAGUGGUAGCAAUCCAGAUCUGUCCGACGACGAUUCGGCAUUCGACUCGGACGACUCGGCCUCUCACUCCGAUGUCUCCCCUGGCGGGACACGCAGCGUUACCUACAGUCGGAGCACAGGAGGAUUAGAUUUUAUUAGCUCCAACGGGUAUAAGAUUGAAUUUGGCUCUGAUGUCGGUUCGGACGAAGACGACGAUGGGGCUGUUGUUUUUGGGUCUGACUCUGAAGACGGAACAGGCACUGCAAGUGCUGGUCCGCUUUCGCCCAUGGUUCGGAAACGAACCGCGUCUGGCACAUUCGCCGCUCGGUCGACAAGAUCCAUUCUGUACAUCCAAAUGGAGUUCUGUGAAAAGCAAACCCUUCGUGACCUUAUCCGCAAGGGAUUGUAUGAUGAUCCAGAAGAAUAUUGGCGACUUUUCCGACAGAUUUUGGAAGGGCUUGCUCAUAUACACGGUCAUACUAUCAUUCAUCGCGACCUCAAACCGGACAACAUCUUCAUCGACAUGGCCAAAGUACCCAAAAUUGGAGACUUCGGUCUGGCUACGAGCGGCCAGUACCAGAAAACUGACAGCAAAGUGUCCAAUGGCAAUCAGGACGGUGGUGGCGACAUGACACGUAGCGUCGGUACUGCACUUUACGUGGCUCCAGAGCUCAGCUCUACAGUGGCGGGCACCUAUAACGAGAAGGUCGAUAUGUACUCCAUGGGUAUCAUCUUCUUUGAGAUGUGCUAUCCGCUAGGCACGGCUAUGGAGCGAGACAAAGAGAUUCGAAUUUUGCGCGAGCGCAAGCAUGCUCUCCCCUCUGAAUUUGAAACCCCACAAAAGUCACUCCAAGGUAGCAUCAUCAGGUCUUUAAUCAGUCAUCGACCGUCUGAGCGCCCCAGCUGCGCCGAGCUGCUCAGGACUGGCAAGGUCCCUGUACAGAUGGAGGACGAGGCUGUCAAAGAAGCUCUCAAGGCUCUGUCGGAUCGCAACUCUCCCCAUUAUGCAAAGAUGAUGACUGCUCUGUUCUCGCAGAAGCCGGACACUCAGGCAAAAGACUACACUUGGGACAUGGGCGCUACCGCGCAGACCAUCAAAGCAAAUGACGUUCUUCUGCAGAACCUAGUCAAAGACCGGCUGGCAAUGGUAUUCAGAAGUCACGGUGCUGUGGAAGUUCAGCGUCAGCUACUACUGCCAUGGUCUGAUCACUACACCGAUAACAACGUUGUCAAGCUCUUUGAUCCCUCGGGCACAUUGGUACAAUUGCCUUACGACCUCAUAUUACCCCAUGCCCGUAGCAUCGGCAGAGGUGCUCCGUUUUUGGAGAAGACGUUUACUAUUGGUCAAGUGUAUCGCGACAAUUAUACUGGCGGUGCACCCAUGAGUAGCGGCGAGGCCGAUUUCGAUAUCCUUUCGUACGAUACGCUGGAUCUAGCUUUGAAGGAGGCCCAGGUUCUGAAGGUGGUCGACGAGGUCAUCGAUGAGUUCCCUUCGUUGCGGUCGACUCAGAUGUGCUUUCACAUCAAUCAUUCCAAUUUACUGGAGAUCAUCAUGGAUUUCUGCAGGAUUAGUGUACCUCAACGUCCAGCAGUGAAAGCCGUACUUAGUAAACUGAAUAUUGGCAAGAACAAUUGGCAGACGAUUCGCAAUGAGCUGCGUUCCUCGGAUAUCGGCAUAUCUUCUACAUCGCUAGAUGAUCUUGCUCGCUUCGACUGGAGGGACACACCGGAAAAGGCCUUCUCGAAAUUACGGCGCAUAUUUGAAGGCACUAAGCAUCACGAUCGGACACAUGCCAUCUUCGGUCAUCUCAGCUCUGUAGUAAACUAUAUGAAGCUGUGGAAUGUAAAGCGGAAAGUGUACCUAAGUGCGCUCAGCAGCUUCAAUGAAAAGUUCUACACCGGUGGCAUUCUCUUCCAAUGCCUCUUCGACACCAAACAGCGAUUAGUCCUCGCUGCAGGCGGUCGUUAUGAUAAACUCAUCGAAGAGUACCGGCCUAAAGGACCUGGACACAAUCAAACCAGCAUCGGCUAUCAUGCAGUUGGCGUUAACCUUGGAUGGGACAGACUUGUCAGUUCAAUGACACGCUAUUUGAAGAAGCCCGAGAAGUCGGCCUUCCUCAAAAAACAUCUAGAAGAAGAUACUCCGGCCGUCUCGUGGAUGCCUCGCCGCUGUGACUGCCUCAUUGCCAGUUUCGACCCAUCCGUCCUACGUUCAGCCGGUGUGAAAAUGGUAUCCGACCUCAUUGCACACGGCUAUACGGCCGAACUCUCUAUCGAUGCUCACUCUAUCGAAGAUGUCUUACGGCACUACCGCGAUGACCGCCAUAGCUGGGUGAUCAUCAUCAAGCACGGCGUUGCUCCCGACAAACCCGACCUCAAAGUAAAAUCCAUCGCCAAGAAAGAAGACGCCGAUCUGCGCUCCGCCGACUUACUCAACUACCUUCGCAACGAACUCCGCGAUCGUGAAUCCCGCGAAGGCAGCGCCGCUCAACGCCUUACCAAAGCUGCACCUGCACCGUCUUCUUCGCCUUCUACAUCCACUCGCGCGAACGUCGAUGUUCUGAUUUCCCACCACAGAUCUAAGAAAAGCAACAAAUGGUCCAUUGUAGAAGCCGCACAGUCCCGCUCCCACGAACUCCUCGAUUCCUUUCAAGAGGCGCCUAUCGCGGCUAUUGAAACUAAAGAAGAGGUCAUGAACUCCAUCAGAGAGACGAGACUCAGCGAUCCGGAUAGUUGGCGCCAGGCGAUCCAGAAGCUGCCGAUCGUGGAGAGGAAAUAUCUGCAGGAGUUGCAUGAUCUGUUGUUAGGGUACCGCGCGAAGUGGAGAGAGGUUAGGGGUGAAGAGGGUGGGAAGGGCAGUGGAGUGGGCGAUGGAAAAGCGUUCGUAUACAACUUCAGGACGGGAGGUUGCUUACUGUAUGACCUUGAUAAUUGA